AUGGAAGGGCUCUACAAUUUCUACGCAGACCACGGAGUACGGUACACGUCACAUGCCUUCAAUACCAGCUAUCAAGAUUUCGAGGUGACUGACGCACUUAUCGAUAUUAAGACAAGGCGGAUUCCUGUCGAGACGAUCCGCGUGCUCAACUCAAAUAUCGACGCUUGGUUACGCACCCAAGAAGGUUCUAGCGGGCUGCAUAUGGUAUGGAUUCCUCUACUAAAAGAUGCAAGGCCCUGGCGCUACGAGAUUCGCGAGUCCACUUUCGAUGCUAUAUCGAAGCAUUUCCAUGUUGAGAAGGCUCUUCGUUAUGGAUCCACAGCAGCAGCGGGCUUUGCGAAUUUCCGAACUGGAAAUGUAACAGGUAAUUCUGCCUUCUUGCCUGACCUCCUAGUAUUUGCGUGGUCCUUUGACGCUUGCACUGGCGCUACUAGAGGGAUCUGCUUGGGCGAUCCGUGGAUAUUAUCAACAGCACAAAACUUGCUACAAUAUCAACCGGCACUUAUCGGUCAUCCGAUGGCUGUGGGAUACAUAGUUAUCAUCAUACUUGGCACUCUAAUGGAUAGAGACUUACUGCGCGAGAAUCGAAACAUUGCGGAAGUCGAAAACCGCACUGGGUACCAUGGUUGGAAGAAAUCGUUCGCUGGAGUCGCCAAGGGUGAAUAUGCCACACUUUCUGCUCGAAUGAGUGGCUGUGCAACGUCACUGGCAGGCCAGCAGAGGAUAGCAAAGCUCUUCAAUCUGAUUGCUCAAAAAGACGCAAAGCUCAACAUCGCAAUCGCAAAAGGCUCAAGAACGCUUGCAUCAGCAAGCAAACGAGACUCAUCCUCUAUGAAGACUCUGGCCGCUGUCACCGUGGCGUUCUUGCCAGCUACCUUUGUGGCUUCAUUAUUCGCCAUGCCUCUACUCAACUGGAAUGCAAGUCAAGGCUCGCAGGUAUUAAACGGCCGGUUUUGGAUCUAUUGGGCUGUGACUGCACCGCUGACUAUCACGACUCUCGUUAUCUGGCUAACAUGGACACAUCGUCAGUCGUUGAUUCAUCGAGCCCAGGAUCGCAAGGAUAGGGACCGACUCGUCGAUGAAAUGAGUGCAAGCACAGAGCCUACUCUCGAUGGGCAUUAACAGAAUAUUAAGUAGUGAGAUGGCAAUGAAGACUUGAAUCUUGCGAAGGUGCAAGCUCAUGUUUGAUGAUACGAACGAAGCCUUGCUCUAAUUGUCUAUUUGAUUGUAUGUAUAAGUUUUCAGGCCUGACAUAUCUCUGUAGGAGUUAUACAUGCUUGAAAGUAGAAGGAUUUUUCAAGUGCGUGGGUGUGCUACACGUUAUUUGAGCGCUUGAUACAGAGGUUUAGACCCUUGCUCAGUAUGUUAAGAGUCACGUCAACGCUAUAAACGGCUGGGGUGGUCUGUGCUCACAACUUUUCCUCACGAAAGGGGCGAAGCCGUUUUGCAAGCGACUGUACCUGGGCCCGUUACGGUACUGUACUGCAUUAAAACGAUGCAUGGCUCGAUGCGCUUCUAACUUUCCAGACGCGUUACGAAUGGUAUGGGCG